UGGCUCUUUCCUUGAUCUUUUUCUUUGAUUGCUUUCUUUGCAUUCGUGGGCGGUACUUACGAUGGAGUUGGUCUUGUUUUCUUCUUCCAGGUGGAUCCGUUUCCUCGGAAUGGUUACUAUUCACUGGAGCUUGCUGGAGAAAAGGGAAAAACGAAGAUCCUUGAGAGGUCAGUGACACACUCACUCACAGGUGGUGGUGGUGGCUGCGAUCGAGGCUGCGAGAGAGAGAUGGGAAACCAGUUGACUUGUAUGGCCAACAACAAGAGCGUCACGGACUCCCAGAUCAAAUCGACCAGAUCCUCCUCCAGCAAAAAGGCCAAGAGCAAGGCCAGAUUGGAGGAGGAAUUGCUCCAGCAGCAGCAGGCCCUGGCGCUGGCCCUCUUCCACCAGCAGCAGAAAGUCGGGCGAGCAAUGUCCCAGCGCUACAACGAUACUGCCGCUGCUGCUGCUCUCCACCGAAAGGGAGGCUUUGCCAGAAGCUCCAGCGCCAGGCCUCGCUCGCUGGCCGAUCCGGAGCUCCCACCACACCAAUUUCUCGAGCGUCCGGAUCCCUCGUCCAUUGAGACCACGCACUUUGUUCUCGUCCACGGUGGCGGCUAUGGUGCCUGGUGCUGGUACAAGUCCAUCACAGAUCCAAAUUGCGUCAACAGUCUCUCGCAGUACGCCAAGCCUCUAUCGGACUUCCUCGGCAGUCUUCCACAGGGAGAAAAGGUGAUCUUGGUCGGCCAUGACUUUGGAGGAGCAUGCGUCUCUCACGCGAUGGAGUGGUAUCCCAGCAAGAUCUCGAAAGCCAUCUUCGUUGCCGCUGCCAUGCCGACAAACUCCCAGCGAGCCUUCGAUGUCUUUGCAGUAGAGCUCAUGAGCCCGGCUGAUCUACUCCUCCAGGCACAAAUCUUCACGUACGCAAACGGGGAAUCAAACGCACCCACGGCGCUCGCUUUCGACAAGAGCGCUGUCAAAGAGCUCUUUUUCAACCGCAGUCCUGCAAAGGACGUCGCUUUGGCAUCGGUUUCCUUGCGGCCUAUACCGUUUGCUCCCGUCCUUGAAAAGCUGGUUCUCACCCAAGACAAGUACGGCACGGUACGGCGCUUCUUCGUGGAGACCCCGGAUGACAAUGCCUUGACAAGCGCAUUGCAACACCGCAUUGUGGCCGGGAAUCCUCCGGAGCGCGUUUUCAAAGUGAAAGGCAGCGACCACUCGCCAUUCUUUUCGAAGCCUCAGUCUCUCCACAGAGCACUCGUUGAGAUAGCUCACAGCUAGUCUGGAAGAGAAGAGGACCAACUGAACAAAGUCAAGUAAAAAAAUUCUCACUCUCU